AUGGCUUUCAAAUACGUCGCUUUGUUCGCUCUUAUCGCUGUGGCCAGCGCCCAGCAUUACCAGCAGUACCAGCAGCCCCAAUACCAUCACCAGCCAGAAUACCACCAUUAUCAGCCACAGCCACAGCACGUGGUUUACAAGCAGCCUGCUCUGCUUAAGACUGUUCAGCCUGCACUUGUCAAGACCGUCCAGCCCGCUUUGGUCAAGACGCUGAAACAUGUCGAAUAUCCUGAUGCUCCGGCCGAGUACCAGUUUGCGUACGAUGUUCAUGAUGACCACACCGGAGAUGUCAAGAGCCAGCAGGAGGAACGUCACGGUGAUGUCGUCAAGGGACAGUACACCCUGAUCGAUGCUGAUGGUUAUCGUCGCAUCGUGGACUACACUGCCGAUGAUCACAACGGAUUCAAUGCGGUCGUCCGCCGUGAACCUGUAGAGGGCCACAAGGUGGUGAAGACCUUUACUCCGGUUGCCAAGGUUGUUGCACCAGUCGCUAAGGUAUACGCUGCUCCAGCAGUCACGAAAGUGUUCGCUCCCCAGCCAGUGCACUAUCAGCACCAACCCGUCCAGCAAUAUUAUCAUGCUCCGGCUCCCGCUAAGGUGUACGCUCCGGUCGCUAAAGUAGCGCUGCCGGCCGUCGCUAAGGUUUCUGUCCCAGUUGCCAAGGUGGCAUAUGCUCCCCAUCACGAAGCCGUUAACCACGUCCAGUUUCACGGACCGUCGAGCAACUAUAACUACUAA